GGCCGGCCGCUUCCUGCCUGUCGGUAGCGGCGGGCGAAGUUCGGCCGCGCCAUGCGGGACUACGAGGAGGUGACCGCCUUCCUGGGCGAGUGGGGCCGCUUCCAGCGCCUUGUCUUCUUCCUGCUCAGCGCCAGCAUCGUACCCAACGGCUUCAACGGGCUCUCCAUCGUCUUCCUGGCCGGUACCCCCGAGCACCACUGCGCUGUGCCGCCCGGAGCCAACCUGAGCGAUGAGUGGCGGAACGCCAGCAUCCCGCUGGAGCUGCGCGGCGGACUGACGGAGCCGAGCCGCUGCCGCCGCUACCGCCUGGACGCGCUCGUCAACCUGUCGGCGCUGGGGCUGCGGCCCGGUAUCGACGUGCAGCUGGCGGAGCUGGAGCAGGAGCCGUGCCUGGACGGCUGGGAGUACAGCCGCGACGUGUACCGCUCUACCAUCGUCACCGAGUGGAAUCUGGUGUGUGACAAUGACUGGAAGGGGCCCAUGAGUACCUCCCUGUUUUUUGUGGGCGUGCUGCUCGGAUCGUUCAUAUCAGGACAGCUCUCAGACAAGUUUGGCAGGAAGAAUGUGCUGUUCGCAACUCUGGCAAUGCAGACCAUCUUCAGCUUCGUUCAGAUCUUCUCUACCAGCUGGGAGAUGUUUUCCGUGUUCUUUUUGCUGGUUGGCAUGGGGCAGAUCUCCAACUAUGUGGCAGCGUUUGUUCUUGGCACAGAAAUUCUUGGCAAAUCCAUUCGUCUGCUAUUCUGCACGUUGGGGGUUUGCAUCUUCUAUGCCUUUGGCUACAUGUUGCUGCCACUGUUUGCCUAUUUCAUCAGAGACUGGAGGAUGCUGCUGCUGGCGCUUACUUUACCUGGGCUGCUCUUCAUCCCACUGUGGUGGAUCAUUCCAGAAUCUCCACGAUGGCUGAUCUCUCGGGGCAGAUUUCAAGAAGCAGAAGACAUCAUCCGAAAGGCUGCAAAAAUUAAUGAGGUUACAGCCCCAGAUGUAAUCUUUGACCCUAGUGAGCUGCAAGAUUUGAGUUCCCAGGGGCAACAGACAUACACCAUUUUGGAUCUCAUUAGAACACGAAAUAUCCUCACUAUCACGAUUAUGUCAGUGAUUCUGUGGAUGAUAAUCUCCGUUGGUUAUUUUGGACUUUCUCUCGACACACCCAACUUGCACGGCGACGUCUAUGUGAACAGCUUCCUCUCAGCAGUGAUUGAGGUCCCAGCCUACAUCAUCUCCUGGCUGCUGCUUCGAAAUCUCCCCCGACGGUAUUCAAUGGCUGCUGCGUUGUUCUUGGGAGGCUGUGUUCUUCUCUUCAUUCAGCUGGUGCCUUCACAUAUUCGUGCCCUAUCUAUUCUCCUGGUGAUGUUAGGGAAGUUUGGGAUCACAUCUGCCUUUGCAAUAGUUUAUGUUUACACGGCUGAGCUCUACCCAACGGUAGUCAGAAACAUGGGAGUUGGAGCAAGUUCCAUGGCCUCAAGGCUUGGCAGCAUCCUCUCACCUUACUUUGCUUAUCUUGGUGCCUACGAUAGAUUCCUGCCUUACAUCCUGAUGGGGAGCCUGACUGUGCUAUCAGGAAUUCUGACUCUGUUCCUGCCAGAAAGCUAUGGAAUGCCUCUUCCUGACACGAUUGAGCAAAUGCUGCUGGUAAAAGGACUAGAAUACAGGCCUGCAUCUAGUGCCAAAAGGAAUUCAAAGGAUGAAGAAGAAAACCCAGAGAUUUUUAAGAGCACAUCUUUUUAAUGAAAUGCCUACUUCCUGAUGGACUGAAAGUUAAAUGGAUUUGCUCCUAAUGCUCAUUCUAGAAAGGGCUAGUGGCAACACUUCUUCCUGCAAUUUUAACCUUAUUUAUUAAUUUAAACACGGUGUUCCAUAUAUUCUCUUUUUAUAUGACCACAAAUACUGUGUAGCCUUCACUGAUUUUUCAGCCAGUUGUUUUAAUGUGUUUUAAUCCUUUAACCAAGGAACAGUAUCUGAUCAGACCUUUGGAAGUAAGUGUGUAGGUGAGCUGAACAAUACCUGGAAGUGAGUUCAAGGGCUGGCAGAGCACCUGGACUCCACAGCCAGUCUUCAGAGCUGAUGCCCAUCAAGAAUUUAGAAACACUAGAAGAAGCUGCUAAUUACUUUUGAUUUCUUGACUUCUGUCUUUGGACAGGAAACUUAUUUAUUAGAGUGCAGGUCAUGCAAACAUGCCACUGUGAUCUUGUGUGAAUUUGCAUGUGCUGAGUUUGCUAGCAGGUUCAGAAAGGUGCAAAGAAAGAUUUUCUUGAGAAUGAAUUCUAACUUGGUGUGCUGUGUGUAGGCUGAAAGGAUGGUCUUGCACAGAACACAGCACUGAGGUUCUGCUGACAGAGUCCUUUCGAAUCCAAUGCUGGAUUUCAGCUACAACCUUUUGGUGACGUUGUUUACAUCUGACACUGGAGCGUGGCCCACUUUGAGGCUGUGUUUAUUUAGAAUGAUGCAGAAGGUUUUAUCGUGUGUGUGUGUGGGGAGGGUGACUGCUGAAAAUUUUGGUGACUGCUGAAAAUUUUG